GUCAAAUACAAGCAGGGAAACACAGGAGAACAAAAGGAACACAGGGGAAACAACCAAAAAACCCUAACAAAUCUAAUACAGGCUACUCGUAACAUUCAAUAUAAAGGAUUACACUGACCGAAAUGGAAAAGAAAACCAAAAUGGAGCAGAGGACAUUAGUCUCACAUUUUGUAUUGGGAUUGCGUCAAGUCAUAGAAACAUUCUUCUUUCAGUAGCUGAUAAUAAAGGUUUGGCAACUUUAACAGGCGGAGGAAUGAGGAUUACGCAAAGCACGACUCUCUUUUCUCCAGUUUGUUCAUGUUUGUUUUUUCAUUGUGAAGACCGUGUGCAGGUAUCUUCAUUGAUUCAAUUUGUGUGUAAAACACAUUGAUUCAAUUUGUGUGUACAACACUAUAAAAAUAGACACCGUGAACAUUGUCAUAUUAAAUGACAGAGGUGUAGCCCAGUGAGGUUAAUGAGUGUCCAGGGGAGUCAUGCCUCAGUGUUGAAAUACUUGUUUAGUGUUGUGUUGUAAGCACAUCCAACUGGUUCCUCUGGUUGAAUUGAGGAAGUUAGCUUUAUUCAUAGUGCUGUAUUCACACGUGGGUUGAAGCGUCAAAUCGGUGCCUCAGCCGGUCAGCUGAACACCAGACAGAGCCAUUCAGCCUUAUACUUUAAGGAAAGAUGAUUCCACAACCUUCCAAGAAAACACAGUUCUUAACAAAGGCAGUUGCUGUUGGCCUUUUGUGCUCUAUUCUUGCAUUUUUUCUGUAUUUUGAACAUCCAUCUCCUGUUUGCCAAUUUCCAUCUUCAGUAGUUUAUGAGAAACACGAUGAAGUUGUGAAUCCAAAUGAAAAGCCCAUAGUCCUGUUGUGGUUCUGGCCUCUUGGUGUGAAAUUUGAUUUCAAGUCUUGCUCUACCAAUUUCAAAGUUGACAGCUGUGUCCUAACAGAUGACAGAUCCCUCUACAGCAAAGCAAAGGGAGUCAUUUUCUUCCAUAAAGACAUAGACUGGAAUUUGCGAAACUUGCCACCACCUCCACGUCCACCUUUUCAAAAGUGGAUUUGGUUCAAUGUGGAAUCCCCAACGAACACGGCGAAGAAACCAGGUCUGGAAAACGUGUUCAACUUGACGCUGAGCUACAGGAGAGAUGCAGACAUCACAGUGAGGAAUGAGCUCACCAUCAAGGACCCAGAAAUGAAAGAUGACUUUGUUUUGCCCAAGAAGGACAAACUUGUGUGUUGGAUUGUCAGUAACAAUAAUCCAUCCACUGGAACAGGUGUGAGAGACAAAUAUUAUCGUGAACUGUCUAAACACAUUAAGAUCAACCUCUAUGGUAAAGCUUAUGGAGGGCCAUUCUUGGGUUAUGAAGCAUAUUACGCAACCAUUGCCAGCUGUAAAUUUUACCUCUCGUUUGAGAAUUCGAUCCACAGAGACUACGUCACAGAGAAGGUUAACGGGCCCCUUGUGGCAGGGACGGUCCCUGUAGUUUUGGGACCCCCAAGAGAAAACUAUGAGCAGUUUGUUCCCUCUGAUGCCUUCAUUCACGUAAAUGAUUUCCCCGACGCAAAGUCACUGGCAGAGUAUCUGAUUUCCAUGGACACAAAAGAUGAGGAGUACAUGCGCUAUUUUGAGUGGAGGAAGUACUACACAGCCACUCCUCAUCUCCUGUCAAUAUACAAUGAAUUCAUUCAGCCCGUCUGCCUCGCCUGUGAUUACAUAUCAAGAGACAACGAGUUCCAUGUUGUUCAUGACCUGUAUAAAUGGUACUCCGCAUGAAAGCCCCAGUGAGAACAGCCAACUAUAGCCUAUAACUUGGUACAUGUGAACACACUUAACCUGACUGAAUAACUUGAUAACCUAGUGUUAAUUUGGCAGUUUGGCCUUUUGCUGACAAUGACAAGAUAACGUGUCUGUUUCUGAUAUGAUAAACAUGAGGUUCCAACUGGUUAGCUUAGAGUUGUGUAAUGACCUGAACCAGGAUGAAACAGCUGGUUUGGCUAUAAAUAAUCCAGCACAUAAACCUGUUUUACAAUUAAUAUUUGUUAAAAAAAAAAAAAAUACAAAUAAAACAAAAACAAGAUAUAACAUGUUAGCGAGCUUUAUAAGUGCUGAAAGGCAGACUUCGAUAGCUU